AUGGACCCCACAAAUAUGCAGGAGGUGAUGGAUGGAAGUUCAGUUUCCUCGGCGGAUUCAAGCGGAAGCUAUUGGACGAAUACAGCGAGAAGCAUUAUAUCUUCUAAUUCCGACGAACAUGGAAACAUGGUGGAGUACACGUUGGUGGAUUAUGUUAUGCCUACAGUGGAAGUAAGUGAAAUGGAGUUGAGGAGUAUGAGAACAUCUGUGGAAAAUCUAUUCGCCGUGAUGCGAGGUAGACCGAAAGGUGGGGUCGGUCGUCAAACAACAGGUGCUCUUCCUAAGCGCAAUACAAAUGAGGAAUAA